UGCAGCGCAGAUAGCAGUUGACACAGUGACACAUUCAGCAGAAUGCUGCAGAGAGACGCGUUUGCUAAAUCAAGACAAUUUAUGAAUAAUAUCAUUAACACCUACUAUUUGUAGUAAUAGGUGACCACUGGCAUUGACACACACUAGGGGCAUCUUGAGAAUUUGUUUUCACAAUGGAGUUUGAAGAUGAAAUAUGAAUUUAUGAAGAACUCCAGGUGAGAACGGAUCCAGGCACUCCUAGUGCCAAGCUCUGCACAGAAUGACAGCAUGUCUUUUGAGUAAAAGUUCAGGGAGCUGGAGAAAGGGAUGGUGUGUCUCAGCUAAUCAUAUGCUGAAGCCCCUGAUGCCCGCCCUGUGUUUGGUGGUCGCAGUGAUUUACGGUCUGGCUGACAAACUCCGAAACUUUGUGGCUGGCAUCUUCAUCCCUCAGUACCACUACCCAUAUGCAGUGGCUCUCUGCUUUGCCCAGGUUCUGGUUUCUCUGUUAUUCUUAAAUCUCCUCCAUGUUCUGGAUCUGGUGCCUCUGAAACAGUACUCCAGGUCUCUGGGAGAGCGGUUGCUGGUGCCUGGUGUCUGCAACAGCAUCCAUGCUGUGUUGGCCAUGUGGGCCAAGGCCAGCAGCUCAUAUGCCGGCCUCAUCCCCCUCACAAUGCCCCUGCUGCCUUUGUUAACUGUGGGUUUCAGUUUUGCCCUGAAGCUGGCCUUGCCACCAUCUAUCCACAUCUCUGUUCUGUUUUCCAUCCUGAGUGGUACAUCUAUUGUCAUCAGAGCCUCCCAGGGUCUGUCCAGUGUUGAUCCCCUUGAGUACAUGUAUGCACCUCUGGCUUUAAUCCUCCAAAGUCUUUCUCUAACUUGGCUGGCUAAAGUGUCUGAGGCUGAGAACCAACACUUCCCUGAUGCCCAAGCCUCCAUUUUUGACAUCUACUACACCCAACUGGUCACCCAGAGCUGGGUUCUAGGCCUGCUGUGGCUGCUGCACCCGGACAGUCCCUGGCAGGUGUUGAGUCAGGGCAGCUGGCACAGCCUGCUCUUCCAUGGUUACCUGUUCGCCAUUCUCCUGCUGGGGAUGAUCCUAAACUUCAUGGUCGGUAUAUCGGCUCUCUGUGUCUCACCACUCGCUGCUGCACUGCUCCACUCAUCAAGAGAGCUAAUGCUGCCGUUUAUCCACCUUCUGUAGUUUCACAUUAAAGGACACACUUACAUUCUUGAAUGUUUUGUGCUGUUCCAACCAGAGCACAUAGUAAUUUAAUCCAAGUCAUUCAACAGUGUUAUUUUUAUUCUGUGGAGAAUAACAAAUUACAUCACUUACCUUCACAGUUACAUGACCUGUGCUUCUCAGGCACUUUAAUAACAUAAUGCAGUCAGCUCAGAUAAAAUACAGAAUGUCACCAAAGAAACAGCACAGCAUUACUUGAAGUAAUUAUUUAUAUAUAUAU